CAGUGGGUACAAUUUUGAUUGUUGGUCUCCGCCACAAACAUUGGCUAAACGCGACCUGCUCAGUUUCCACUCCUCUCUUCUAAAAUCAUAGAGUCUUAUUAGUCUAAGGCGUUCACCAGUGUGAGUGAUAGCCUUCCACGUCCGUGUUUACAUGCGAGACGGAUGGGUCACUCACGAAGGUAAAUGUGGCAGAUAUGCACCUUACGUGUAUCACUGCAGCGGUUAGAACUUUUUGUCGCGCAACAUCCCAUUCGCUGUGGUUGGUGCUAUUGGAAAAGCUACCAAUAUUUGACAGUUUAUAAAGUCAGCCUGUAUGGACUAGGCAACAAAAUAAAAUAAAAAACAUUUCCGAUUUCCGAUUCUGUACAAGGUUGGCUGAGCUCAGCAAAAGUUGGGAAUGGUCUUUUUGUUAGUAGCACUCAAAGGAGUCAGAAGUGCGCGCGAUUCUCCCGAUUAAACUUAGUGAAAAUAAAAGUCAGUGAGCAUUUGUAAAUUUAUGAUACUAUUGUACAGUUAAAAUUAGUAAUACGUGUUAAAACAGCGACAAGGCAUCCACAGUUAACACGAAAACGUAGGAAAAUUUGUUAAAAGGUCCCAGCGGCCUUUUUGUUUUGGGCUGGAGACUUGGUCCGAAGCCAUUUUCAUUUACAGUGACCAACGGAGAGAAACCUGACGCGGUCCAACCGCAAGCCACUAACAAGGCAACUCCGACCUCACUAGUCCCACGUCAAUUGGUGAACUUUAAAGACAGAUUCGAUAAACAUCAAGGCAUACAGGAUAAAGAGAACCCCGUGUGUUGCUUCUGAGAGAUGGCGUCCCACAUACCGUUGGUUGGGACAAUUCCGUAGAAAAUUCCAAGACUACCUACGGCUGGAACAUGGUCAGUUACUAUUGAAGAUCAUCGAUCAUCUCGUCGAAGAUAAUGCACACUACUAUACCGGAAUAAAAACCGCAAGUAAAACAAUCCCAUGUGACGUCACAUAGAUUUAAGAAAACCAAUGUUAGGCUAGCAAUAAAUUUGUUAAUAAUGUUCAGAAAAUCUGUGUCAGUUUAGUUUGAAAGGGUAGUCAUUAUUAGUGUCGUUACACACUAGUUUGCAUCGGUUUCCAGGCUCGAAAGGGGCCUCCAGCCCUCGCCUUCGAGUGCUCACCUCAAAGAAAGAUUCCCGAAUUUCGCUUUGGAGCAUUUGGUAAAGUAGCAUUUUCGCCUAUUGGUAGUCCACCUUGACCAUUACCUACAGUGAAUGUUUCGUUUUCCUAAUGUUCCCGUUAGCAAAAGAAUACACGUGGUGAGUAUAUGCUAGCACCGAACGUUGAACAGUAGUAGUGUGAAUAACCCCUCCUCAACCACCCACUGAGCGAGUCGUGGGGCAACAAAUUGGCGCCCAACUCCAAAAACCCAGAAUUUUUCAAAACCCCGAACGGGGAGAGUGAAAUCAGCACGCUGAUUAAUAUUUAACUUCGUCCUCCAAACGAAGUGCAUGCUUUGAGGUACAACCAAACGGUGAAAUUUCCAUCUAAAAUGGAUGUUGAGUUCGAUAUGCAAUAUAAAAACCUCCUAGUUCAUCAUUUAGACAAGGGUGAGAUCGAAUAUGAACUUGCGAUUAGAGGGAUUGAGUUUCAAGAAUUAGAGACACGCGCGGCUCUGUCUAGGCGGCUAAGAGAGCAACUAAAAACCGAGAGAGUACAGGGUAAUGCGGAUAUUGAUUUCAAUCGGUUAGAGAUAGAUACUAAUACAGAAAUUUUGGAAAUAGAUGCGAAGGUGAAGGAAAUUAAAGACUUCUUGGCAAAAAAGAAGAGUUAUGAAGGAACAAAAGAAAGUUUAAAGACACGACUGGUUCAUUAUUUCGCGCGUACUAAACGUAUUUCCGAAAUCGCUGAAGAUGAUGACGAUCUUAGUGAUGUUGACGCGAUAUGCUCCUGCAUUCGUGGAAUUUACAAUCAAAAUUUUUCAUUAUUCUCCCAAAGCGGACAACAAGAAAUAAUACAUCAAAUUAACCAAACGUUAUCAAAUUUAGCAAUCAAAUCAACGCCAGAUCCCGCGAAAGAUUCAUCGAGCUCCUCUAGUACCGAUGAUAAUAAGGCAUUUGUUACACCAGGUCGGAAGAUGAAACGAAAUUUACAAUCGGUAGAUAAAAAUCCAAUCCCUCUACAAAACAAUUUGAUUCCAUGGUUCAUGCAAGCUGGUGCAUAUCCUUGGAUGUUUGGAAAACCCCAAACCAAUCAGGGGGCACAGAAAAGGUUAAAGUUUGGCGGAAAGGGAAAAGAACGCAAUAAAGAUGACCAAAGUGAGAAUUCGGAUUAUCGUUCAAAUAAAAAUAAAACUAGGGAAAAGAUUUCUCGUCCUAUAAAACAAAAAAAAAAACAUCGCGUAAUCGUAUUCCAAGUUCAGGGAGUUCAACCGGAACAGAAUCGGGCUGGUCAUCAGACAAAUCGUACUUAGAUUUGAGGAAAAAAAGUUUUAAUCGAGUUGGUAAACGUAGGCCAGUAAGUGAUUGGAAACUGAAAUACGACGGUUCCGAUUGCGGUCAAACAUUGAUGAGCUUCAUAAAAGAGGUUGAGUUCGUGGCGAAAUCGGAAAACAUGUCGAAUAGAGAAUUAUUUAAGUCAGCUAUUCAUUUAUUUAGUGGUUCCGCGAAAUCGUGGUUCAUGACAGGUUUUGAAAACGAUGACUUCACUUCCUGGAACGAACUAAAAGAAGAAUUGAAAAGAGAAUUCUUAAGCCCAGAUCAUGACCAUACUAGUGAAAUACGAGCGAUAUCAAGAAAGCAGGGCCCCCGCGAAAAGUUCCAAGAUUUUUUCAUGGAAAUGCAAAAAAUCUUCAACUCUCUUACAAAACCAUUAACCGAGAAAAAGAAGUUUGAAAUUAUCUUUAGAAACAUGCGCGCGGAUUACAAGGGCCACGCGGUUUCGUCAGAGAUAGAUAACUUAGCGGAUUUGAAAAAGUUCGGCCGACGUCUAGAUGCAACAUACUGGUACAAGUAUCAAACGUCUACCAUUGACAAUACGCGCGGUAAAACCGCACAAAUCAACGAAAUUAAUACAGGGGCAAGGCCCAAAAAUACGCGUAACCUCGAAAACGAACAAUACAGAUCGCGAAAUUUUUACAAAUCUAAAUCCCGCGGCAAUAACUCUGAAGAAGAAAGCAAAAGCGUAGGGAGAACCGGUAGGGAGGAACGAGUUAAGGAUUCUCACGAAGGUCUUAUAAUUCUGCUGGAAAAUUACCAACCGCCAAAAGAUGGUGUUUGUUUCAAUUGCCGUCUGAAAGGGCAUCAUGCUCGGGAGUGUGAGCGUCCCAGGCAUAAGUAUUGCCAAAAGUGUGGUUUCCAUAACGUGGAUACAAAAUCGUGUCCGUUCUGCGAAAAAAACGCGCCAAAGACUGUCCCCGAGGGCCGACACGUCUAGCGUUCGUAAAGCCCCUCUCACAAAAUAUACAAAGUGAAGCUUUUCAGUCACUUGGUUUUGAAAAAGUACUUAGUACUGAUUAUAUUCAUACCUCAAAAUUUGAAAUUUAUGAAAAUAUUAUACAUCUCGAACAUGACGAGAGACCGUUCGCACAAAUAACUAUUUUCGGUAAUCCCAUAGUGGGCUUACUCGACAGCGGAGCCCAUCUCAGUGUCCUGGGAAUAGGUGCUCUCAAACUUAUUGAAAGAUGCAAAUUACAAGUAUUCCCCUCCGAGGUGUGUCUUAGAACCGCCAAUGGAGAAGAAUUAAACGUAACUGGUACAGUUCAUCUACCCGUUACUUUCAAUGGCGAGACGCAAAUUGUAGAAACUCUUAUCGUACCUUCGUUAAAAAGGCGACUUUUAUUAGGAAUGAACUUUUGGAAGUCAUUCAAAAUCCGUCCUAUGAUUGAACCGGUGACGGUUGAAAAUUUGGAAUACCACGCCAACUCAGGAAGCCCAAACAGAACACCCGAUGUCGGGUUAGAUGAGUUAGAAAACAGGCUUAAUGAAGAGCAGAUCGCACAAUUGGAAACCGUAAAAGCGAAAUUUAAAGUCGCAGACGUAGAGUUUCUUGAUACUACAAUCUGGAUUAGUCAUCGAAUUGAGCUAACGGAAGAAGCAAAAAAAAUGUCUCCGGCACGAACUAAUCCAUUUCCAACGUCACCCAAACGACAAGCACAGAUCAAUGAAGAGUUGGACAGACUGCUUAAAGCAAAAAUAAUUGAGAGGUCUUAUAGUGACUGGGCCUUGCGUCUUGUUCCCGUGGACAAACCAGAUGGUACUGUUCGCCUAUGUUUAGACGCAAGAAAACUUAAUGAUCGCACCGUCAGAGACUCUUAUCCGCUUCCUCAUGCUGAUCGAAUAUUAAGUCGACUGGGAACAGCCGAGUUCAUUUCGACGAUUGACUUAUCCAAAGCCUUUUUACAGGUUCCCUUACAUCCUCGGUCGCGAAAAUUUACAGCGUUCUCAGUACUCGGGAGAGGUCUGUUCCAAUUCACUCGCAUGCCCUUCGGUCUGGUCAACAGUCCUGCCACGUUAUCGAGACUAAUGGACCGAGUGUUAGGGGCAGGCGAACUGGAACCGAACGUCUUUGUAUAUUUUUUUUUUUUUCAUAAAUACGUUUAUUUCAUAGGCAAUAUACAUAAGUUUUUCUUCGCCGUGGC